UAUUUUCCAACAUUAUCACGGUGAUCCCCGCACUACUAGCGUUCAGAGGUCACGUUGGGUGGUGGAGAGAGUCACUCUAGACACAACCUAUUACCCCACCCAUUGCAAUUAAAUUGGCAUCUAAUGUGAUUGUAUUAAUGGCGGUCACUUCGUAAAUACACCUUAUUAUCAGUAACGGUGUUCAACCGGCCUCGGAGCCUCCAGAGAGCGACGGGUGAAAGUCACCGCGCAGAGUCGCAGACGCACACCUCACCUCAAGUGACAAACACGCUUCUACAACUGCGUCUAACGUAGAAUUCAUUUCGCGAUUUUAUUAUUGACAUAAAUUCCAAACAAAUAAACAAACAAAAGAGUGGUCGGCCGAUGCGCGAGCGCCACGCGACGCGUCACAUUAUCACGUUCAACGGAGCGCUGUUGAAGCUGAUCGACUGAUAGUGUGGUGCGGAGGCGCGGGACCGCCGCCGGCGCACUCAGCGUGCCACCGUGCGAACCGCGAGCGCGGACAUUAGUCGUGAACAUGUUGACAACGAGCGUCGUCGUAGUCCUGGCGCUGGCGCUAUGCAGCACCGGCUCCACCGGAGACCUGGACCUGAACACAGCCAGCCUCGCCGCAGCAGGAGCUGCUGAGGACAACCAGCUCAACAGCACCCUCCCUGCUGAGCAAUACUUCAUUGACAAAAUAUUCGAUAAAUAUGGAGAUAAAGGAGUCAUUACAUUUGAGGGAUUUGAGCAUCUACUAGACAGCCUGGGGCUCGGAGGACGUGUGUUUACGUCACCCCACGACCUGGCCAUCCAUCGCAUCAACGGGACCUUCCGACAACUGCAUGAUACUCAGCACAGGCACCGCAGAUCUCCUCCAGCCGUUUCAACAGAACCCAUCCUGCAAAAAUCAUGCCUGUCCCCAAGGGAAAUUUUGGAGGUUUAUGGAAUGGAGAACGAAGCCCCUGGAGUCGUAACCAUCAAACCCAAAACUUUCUUGGAGAUGUGUCCUGCUCUAGUGUACCAGUUAGACCAACGAUCUUGUUACAAAACAGAAGCACCUGCACCGAAGCUGGACAGAUUUUGGACUUGGAUAUAUGCCACUUUGAGCAUAUUGGUCAUCAGUGCCACUGGAUUACUCGGAGUUGCUAUUGUUCCUUUGUUGAAAUCGGCGAUAUUCAGCCACGUUCUUCACUUCUUGGUUGCUAUAGCAGUCGGCACUUUGUGUGGUGAUGCCCUACUGCAUCUGCUACCGCAUGCACUCAAAUCACAUGGACCUCCCUCAGCUCCACAAGAAGAAACCGAAACUGUAUUAAAAUGCAGCGUCACGUUCCUUACUAUUUUAUUAUUCUACAGUGUCGAAGCAAUCAUGCAAACAAUUAAUGGUGGUCACGCUCACUCCCAUGAUUCAGGAAAAGAUGUUACAGAAAUCAAACCAGAUUCUGGCAAACAAAUAGAACCAAUAGAACUGGGUGCAAUGAUGCCGGGCUCACCACCUCCGCCUGUCGACCGGCCGAUGACGUCGACUGCGCUCAUGGUGAUUGUAGGAGACGGGCUACACAAUUUAACAGAUGGGCUAGCAAUUGGAGCGGCCUUUAGUGGAGAUCCGGUAACUGGUUUCGCAACGGCAUUGGCCGUAUUUUGUCACGAGCUCCCUCAUGAGUUAGGCGAUUUCGCAGUACUGUUACGCUCUGGAAUGAGUAUCAGACGCGCCCUUUAUUAUAAUCUACUUUCAUCGGUGCUUAGCUUUAUGGGCAUGGCCGGUGGAAUUUGGCUCGCAGAAGAUCAUGAGUCUGCUUCCCAGUGGAUCUAUGCUGCCACUGCCGGAACUUUCUUCUAUAUUGCUCUAGCAGAUUUAGUGCCAGAGAUUAAUGCAAACAAUAAUGGUAAAAGCAUUAAUUUACUACUGGCCAUAUUAGGAAUACUGUCGGGCGGCAUUAUAAUGCUAAUGAUCGCCCUCCACGAAGACUCAAUACAAUAUCUUUUUAGAAAUUCAGAACAAUAAACACGUUAGUCAAAUUAAAAACAAUGCUCGGUUAUGAAUACUUAUAUGACGAAUGUGCUUGUGGAAUUAAGUGUGCGUUCAAUAAGUGAUUAAAAUGGUGUUUAAAGUGCGAUUACAUGGUGAGAUAAUCUUGCUUGAUAUUUGAACAACGAUUGAAACAGCGAUGUCGCUCAACAUAAUGCUGAAUAUUGCACACUCAAUAGUCUUUACAUAGCGUCAGUGAAUGGUAGUGAUUUAUGUAAAAAACCAAUUUUGUAGUAGAUAUACAGUACAUGUUAUGUGAUAAUAUUCGUACUCAUGGUUGUUAAAAUCGUUAAUUUGUAUAGUAUUGUAUUUAAAUUAAGUAUUUACCUACUUAGAUACAUUUAAUUUAGUAUUUAAGUUGUUUUUAAAUGUAUGAUUAUGCAAUUAUGUCACCCUUUAUUACCACGUUUGUAACUCCAUAACAUAAAUGAUGAAAAGUUAGUGUUACACCAGGUAUGUGGACAAGCGAAGCCUCUGCUUGCACUCUUAGGGAUCACAAGGCUCGAUAUUAUAAUGUAAUCAUAAAUUGGUGGGUUAAAUAAUAGUGAUAAGUCACAUAAGUCUAGGUUAGUUUCUACUUUAGUUUAUUAGUGAACUAUUUAGAUUUAGUUAUUUUUAUAUCAGACUAAAAAUAGGUGGUAAGUAAUUAUACGUAUUAGACAUCGACUCGCAAAAGAGUGAUGAUUGAAAAUUUUAUUAAGAACCUCGAACCUAGAAGCGAAUACAAAACCGCAGACCAAAAGAUAAAUUCGUCCAUUUUUAUAGUUACUAUGUGCAUCAAGUUCCUUGCCGAUUUAGAAUUAAGAAUUUAAAACCUCAAACCUUUUUGGGUGACGGUGGAUUCGCUGUAUAAUUGCCGAAAUAGAUAUAUAAAAUAGGUGCCUAGGUAAUUUUUUUACCUAGUGCUAGGUAAUUUUGUAUGUCUAAAUGUCUCGAUGAACUACUUCUAGACUUAUGCAAUGUACUGACAGCUAAGUAUUUAGUAUGCAGGUAAAAAAAUAAAGAUUGAUUCAGUACAGAAACGAAAGAUAUGGUUUCAUUAAAAACCUUGUAAUUUCGUGCAACAAUAGCUACACCUACCUACUGUCUCUGUACUGAGUCAAUAUUUAUUUUUGUACCUAUGUACCUACUUGGCUGUCUGUGUACCUACCUAGACCUACCUAUCACCAAAGUAUUUGUACCUAAUUUAAUCAGCAUUCGUCACUUACCUACCGUACGUGAUUUACUGAAAUUGGAAACUUUAAAUCUCUGUUUUACUUUUGUUAAUUAAUGAUUUCACUAGUAGUACCUACAGACUUUGGUACACAACUGCACUACUACAAUAUGGUAUAAUUUGCAAUAGACGUUUUUUUCUACAGUGUUAUGGAAAUUAUUAUUGUCGAUAAAAUAUACCUUUUGUAAACGAGAACUGUUAAUAAGUAUUACGAUUUAAGUAUUUAUUUUAUAAAUAUAGUAAUUUAUAAGCCCAUCACAAUAUUGUAAUUAAUUAUUAUUUCGUUCAUUGUAAAUAUUUUAGUACGAUGUCAUAAUAAUAAUUUGCGUAUUUUUAGUACUCAGUUUCAUUUCAGAUUCAAUAUACAAACUUAAAAAUA